AUCCCCCCUCUCCCCACAGCACCGCGAUGCUGCUCGCCGGGCUGGCCGUGGCGCUGGCCCUGCUGCUCUGGGCCUGGCGCUGCCGCCCGGGGGGCGCAGGAUCCUGGGGGGGCCGGCGGGGGCCCUGGGGGCUCGUUCUCCGGCACUGGCUGGCGCUGCGGGUGCUGGGCCGGGCCGUGGGCUGCCAGCGCUGGCACCUGGAGCAGGCGUCGGCGGCCGUGCGGCGGAGCCAGGAGCGCCUCCUGCUGCGGCUGCUGGGGCGAGCCGGGGCCGCGGAGCCAGACCUGGGCGUGUUCCGGGAACAUCACCCCCUGGCACGGCGCGGCUCCCACGGGGGCGAGGCGCCUGCCCCCCCGGCACUGCCGACGGGGCCCUGGGCUCUGCUUCGGAGCUGCUGCACCGCAGACUCCCCCCUGCAGGGGCCCGUCUUGUACCUGGACGUCCUCAGCAGAGUCUUCCCGGAGGCCCUGAGCCCGCGGGGCACGGCCCGCUUCUCCUGGGCCCGGGGCUGCUCCCUGCCUGCCGCAGCGUGGCCGCUGCCCACCCUGUACUGCACUCCGGAGGAGGCGGGCACCGUGCCCUCGCGAGCCGCGGCCCUGUAUGUGCAGCUGGUGUUUGCCCUGCGGGAGCGGGCGCUGCGGGCGCUGGAGGCCGGGCUGGCCUCGGAGCUGUACGAUGCCCUGGGCGUGCUGCGCGCCAGCUGGGAGGGCCUGGCGCAGGACCUGGCCUUGGGGAAGCUGAGUCCCCGGCUGGAGCUGCCUGAGGGGACCCGGCGCCGGCUGGAGGGGCUGCUGGCGCCCGACGCGGCGCGGGCUGCGGAGCUGAGGGCAGAGUGUGCCAGGGGCUGGGACGGCGUCGCCCGGCGCCUGUGGCCGCGGCUCCAGGUGGUGGUGGUGGCAGAGCCCAGCGGCGAGCAGCUCUACGGGGAGGCCCUGCGGGAGUCGGAGUGCCAGGGCCUCCCCUUCUACUGCCCCUUCUACGGCACAGCAGGAGCUCUGCUCGGGGUGAACCUGUGGCCGGAGCAGCCCGACUCCCGCUACCUGCUCUGCCCGGGCUGGGCUUUCUGCGAGUUCCUGCCGGCGGGGCCGGGCGCUGAGGGGCCCCCCGAGACCGUGCUGCUGGCAGACGUUGAGCAGGGCCAGGAGUACGAGCUGGUGCUGACGGCCCAGGCUGGAUUGUCCAGGUGCCGCAUCGGGGAGGUGCUGAAGGUGGCUGAAUUCUACAACCAGUGCCCCGUGGUGGGGCCCGUGCGCAGGCUGAGCCAGACCCUGAGCGUGCGUGGGGAAGGUGUCCCCGAGGAGCGCUUCUACCGGAGCCUGCGCCGCGCCGUGGCCAUGUGGCCGGGAGCCCGGCUGGUCGAUUACGUCUGUGCAGAGAGCAGCCUUCUGGGUGCCUCCUCUGGGGCCUGUGCCCCCCAUUACCAGGUGUUCGUGGAGCUGCGGGGCGUGCGUGAUCUGUCGGAGGCACAGCGCUAUAAGCUGGAUCAGUGUCUCCAGGAGGAUUUUCCUGUCUACAAAACCUUCCGCCUCAAGGGCAGCAUUGGGCCGGUGCGGCUGCACCUGGUGGCGGCCGGGGCCUUCAGGGAGCUGCGGGAUGCUGCGGGCUCCCCGGGCCCCAUGGCCAGAGUCCUGAGGGAGAGGCGCCCGCUGCACUUCAUCCAGAGCAGAGUCGUCUCGUGAGGCCGGCCAGCCCUGCGAUGCCACGGGCCCAGAUUGGCCUCGCUCGGGCUCUGCGUCUGCUGCUGCUUGCAGGGGGCAGGGAGGGUCCCCGGUGUAGGGAACCGGGGCUGUGGGGCAGGAGGCUGGGGAGGUCCCGUGGCCAGGGUGGGGGCGGCUCCCGGCCUGGCAGAGGCUGCCCGCAGAGCUCGCCUGGGAGGGAUGGGUGGGGCGGGGCGGGGGCCAUGACCUCUGCCCCAUAGCCUUUCACGGUGCGACCGCAGGCGGGGGUGCCCGGUUGGGGCGCUGCACCCUACGUGGCCUCCCCAUCACGGAGCAUGCUGAGGGGAGCAGCGGGGCAGAGUGGAGAAGUUGCCUGCCCCUGCCCCUCUGCGAGGCCUGCCAGCUCCCUGCGGGUUCGGGGCCCGACCUGCUGGCGAUGCUCCAGGUGUGGCCCUGCCAGGGAGCGGUUUGCCCACCAGAUGGCGCCAGCGUCACGUUCGCCUCCCAGGUCGGUAGCUCGGCGCAGGUGCUGGCUGCGUGGAGACGGGCAGGGACGGGGAGACCCAGGGCUGGCGGCCCCGUGCCCCCAGGCGGGGAAGGGGGGCUGUCCGGGGCAGGGGUUUGAAGAGGAGGAGGCGGCUGGUGAGAUGAGGGUCGAUGGCUAAAGGGCAGCACCUGCCCCAUCCCCGCAGUCUGCGCCCCUGGCAGCGCGGCAGGGCUGGGCUGGUCUCCCUACGGCAGAGCUUGGGGGCUGCGGCUCAGAGAAGCCCGGGGCGUCUGGGGGAGAGCCAGGAAUCGAACCCUGGCUCGUGCUCCGACCAUUGCACCCUACUUCCUCUGGCUGCGGAGCUUGCGCCUGUCACCACCUCCUUGGCAGCGCGUGGGCGAGGGCUGGCUGCAGAGGGAGCUGCCCCCUCGGCUGGAAUCUCUCCUCUCCCUUGGCUUCGUUACUGUGAUUGUUCCUGACAAAUUUAUCACCAGGCGUUCCGCUUGUGCCUUUUGCCCCAGGCUCUGCCUCUGUAGCACCCCUGAAAUGCAGCCACCUCUGGGGUGGAAGGUGGUGGCUGCAGAAGGGAGGGUAAAGACGUGGGGCAAUCUCUGAUCGUCUUGGGGGAACUACCCAUGGAUCCUAGGGCCCACAAAGCGCCGAGAGGCCCUUGGUUUGCAGGCCUGGGAACCAAAUCGCACUGCUCUGUGGAGCUGAGCCGGGCCUGCAGGGCAGGUAUGGAUGUCGUACCUGGUGCUUACUAACCUGGCCCCUGGCUCGAAGCUCCCAGCUGUGGUGUCCUACGUUGUGCCAGCGGCCUGGGUCACGGAGCGCCGGAUCUGCUCGCAAAAAGCAAGUCCUUCGCUCGUGCGGCCUUGCGAGCAGGAGCUUGGGAGGCCAAGAUCGCUGGCAGCCCGUAAGCUGCACUGUGGCACGUGCCCUCCGGUUUAUGAAACAAUGAGCGGGGGUUGGGGGGGGGCUGCUUUUAAUGUUUCAAAAAGCAAAAUAAAGAUGGAUUAUCUCUGAACAUAA